AUGAGCCAUCGAAACGAGCUAGAUCAAGUAGUUGACAGGAUCUUCAAAUCGACUCAGGAGACUGAAGCAUCCAAGACUUUGAAAGAGAUUGAGUCCAAUAAUCGAUAUAUAAUGAACACGCAGCUGCGAAAACUAGUCGAAUUGCACGACACCAGCUUCCAGCAGAAAUGUGUAAUACCCGUGAGUGCCCUGUAUGAAAGACAUAGUGAACAGGUGCUGCGUGACGGCGACUUGCAAAGCUGUGCGGAGCUUAUAGAUCGGGACAUAAGAAUCAUCGAGACCGCGAUGGAACUGAUCAAGGACUCCAAGAAAUCAAAUUCAUGA